AAUAUAAGAAUUAUAAAUCUUUAAAUUUAGUGAAAACCUAUAAUGAGUUGUGGAAGGCACAGUUGUGAUUGGAUGACAUGCACAUUGUGUCGAUCAGGCCGACAGUCAUUAUCUACUUUGCAUAGAGCAUCUCGUCGUAGUGUUGAUUUUCCAGUAUCUCAGCAGCAACCACCAUGUGAACAGCAAACACCAACUAUAUUCACAUCAAUAGAUGAUGCAUUUGAUUCUGUGCAACAAUACAUGUCAGUGACAACAAGACAAUGCAAGCGUUUUCACAAAUCCAUGUUGAAGAAGCACAUAAGUGACAGUGAUAUUCUUCAUGUGAAGAGGUUUCACUGCGAGCCACAACAAAAACAUCAGAAUAAAAAUCCUUUACAAAGAACAGAGAGCGUACAAGUUGAAGUAGCACCAGGAACGUAUACUGUCAGUGCAGGAAGCUGGGGUUCUGACCGUCAACACACACAUGUCGUACACGUGAGAGAUGGUCAAACUGUUGAUUUAACAUUUGGAAUGAACUAGAUAUUGUAAAACAUUUUGUAAUUUUUUUUUGUUAUUACGAAUUUUAUUACUAUUUUUAUUAUUAAGGUACCUCAGCAAAA